AUGUUUAACAAAUCCUUUGGAACUCCGUUUGGAGGCAGCACUGGCUUUGGGACAACAUCCACCUUCGGACAAAAUGCCGGGUUCGGUACGACGAGCGGAGGGGCGUUUGGAACGUCGGCCUUUGGGUCCAACAAUAACACCGGGGGCCUCUUCGGGAGCACGCAGACAAAACCAGGAGGAUUAUUUGGUUCGACUACGUUCAAUCAGCCAGCCACCUCCUCCACAAGCACUGGCUUUGGGUUCGGAACGUCGACGGGGACAUCCAAUAGCCUGUUUGGGACCACCAGCACGGGGGGAGGCCUCUUCUCGUCCCAGAGUAAUGCCUUUGCACAGAGUAAGCCGGCUGGGUUUGGAAACUUCGGGACUAGCACCAGCAGCGGAGGUCUCUUUGGAACCACGAACACCACGUCCAACCCCUUUGGGAGUACCUCCGGCUCCCUCUUUGGCCCGACCAGUUUUACUGCUGCUCCAACUGGCACCACCAUCAAGUUUAACCCGCCCACCGGCACGGACACGAUGGUCAAGUCCGGCGUGAGCACCAACAUCAACACCAAGCACCAGUGCAUCACUGCCAUGAAGGAGUACGAGAGCAAAUCCCUGGAGGAACUGCGUUUAGAAGAUUAUCAGGCAAACAGGAAAGGGCCCUCGAAUCCCGUCGGAGCAGGAGCAGCUGCAGGCUUGUUUGGGUCUUCGACCGCUACGUCGAGUACAGCCACGGGACUUUUUGGAUCUUCAACUACUAACACAGGCUUUUCAUACGGACAGAAUAAAACUGCUUUUGGAACCAGUAGAAGGUCUCGAUGGGCUGACCCUUCUGGGGUUGCACCCUUCCUCGGCGUCCCCCAGGUUUUGCUGGAAGAUGGCUCCUUGGAGCGUCUGGCCAGCAAGCUGCUUCCCACGGGCGAGUAG